UUUGAACAUGCAUUUCAACCCUAUAACAUAUUCUCUAAGACCUUUUUCUAGGGAGUGGCGUAAGACGCCCCCCUCAGGGGCGUCCGCGAGUAAAUAUUCAGUUCCUUUUAACCAAAUUUUCUACUUUUUUAGUUUCUUUUUUGAGCCGAAUUCGAAAUGGAAAUCUUCCUUCAGCGAUGGCCUAAGUGGAGAAGGAUUUAGCCUUAAACUUGGCCUUACUCUUCAAUACAGAAUUGUCUGUGACUCGCCACCAUGCCCCAUGUUUCCCAAGGAACCAAGACCCGGAGUAAACAUAUCUAAUGAUGAAAGAUCAAUUUCCUCAAAAACCACAAUUUCUCCAGAUAUAACAGCUUGUGGAACAGUUAACUGUGAUUGUUCAAUGGAAUAUCAGUUGGUCAGAUAUUUAGCUACAAUAGGUAUUAAAUAUUAA